UCCUAGCCUUCAGAUUGUGACCACCCUGCCUAACUACAGCUCAGCUCUAGCCAAUGUCCCAGCACACCAUGGCCAGGACACUAGGCAUUCGGCUGCUUCUGCUGUCUACUCUGGCCAUAGCAGAGUAUGUGAACCCUGAAUCUGAAGCAAGCCCCUUGCUAGGGAGCUUUGAAAAGGCUGAUGUCAACAGUGAGGAGGUGCAACGUGCCGUGGAUUAUGCUGUAGGGUAUCACAACCAAGUGCAAGACAAUGACGCUUACAUAGAUGAUGUGGUGGACAUUCUGAGUGCUGAACAGCAGAUGAUGGCUGGAAUGAAGUACAACCUGGUUUUGGAAAUGGGCCGGACCACAUGUACCAAGUUCCAGUCCAAUUUGAAUAACUGUCCCCUCAAUGAGGAACCAGGUCAAGAGCAGAGAAAAUUCUGCUCCUUUGAGAUCUACGAUGUGCCCUGGGAACACAAGAUGUCUAUGUUAAAGUACAACUGUAAAAAUGCCUAAGAGUUCGUGCCAGGCUGGGCUGCACUGGCCACCCCUCCCUGAAGCCCUGCUCUGUAGUCCAUCAACCUUUAGAUGACAGCUGGCCUUGGAGGACCAGCAGGCCACAGUGGAGGCUCUCAUCAUCAUCUCCUUGCUUUCCAAAUAUCCCAGUAAUAGAACUCCCAGUUGCUUUGCUCUCUCCAUAAACAUAUGAUGAGCUCUUGA